AUGGAGAGCGCUACAUUGGAUUAUCAAGUGACCCAAAAUUGUAAUCUGACUCGGGUGGGAAACGUGGUUCUCGGAUCGAAUGGGUACAGCAUCGCACUUCCCAAAGGCUCCAAGUGGAGAGAGAAGCUAACAAGGCAGAUUUUGGAUCUGAACGAAAAAGGUGUCAUCCUGAUGCUCAAGAAUCAGUGGUGGAAGAAAGCCCAACAAGAUUGCGCUUCAAAUGCUCCAGAAAAGGAUCAAUCAUCUCUGGGCGCCGAAAAUGUGUACGGAUUGUUCCUCCUUCUGUUUUUUGGCUGUUGUGUCGGCUUCGCAUGCUCAGUGGCUGAGAACUUACAUUUCAGCUGUUUGAAGAAGCAAAAGAAAAACGGCCAACUUUCGGCAUUGCAGCAAUUAAUAGUAACACUGCGAAACGAAUUUUUAAACAUUCAAGAGAUCAGAUAA